CCCUGGCUCCUACUCAGACUUUCAACGUGUGAGGUGUGUGUAUGUGUGUGCUGAGAUUGUAGGGCGUUAAGUAGGCACAUGGUUGCUUGUUUGUAAGUGAGAUCCCUCUUGAGAAAGAGACAGUGACAAAGAAAGAAAGAAAGUAAGAAAGAAAGCAAGCAAGAAAGAAAGAAACAAAGAAAGAAAGAAACAAAGAAAGAAAGAAAGAGGGGCAAGACAAGAGGGAAAGGUGCCAGAACCAGUACAAGAGAGAAAGAAAUAAAGAAAAGAAGAGGCAGGGAGAGACUAUAAAGCAUUUCCACCUCCAGUACAAUGGAAGACUGUGCAGUGUCCUUCUGGAUUUACAUCGGAGUCAUGUCCAUCUUUGUUGGUGGAGCAGUGAAGAAGUUUCUGGCAUCCCAUAUGGGUGCCAUGCCCUCGGUGGUGGCAUGGCUGGGUGCCACUUUGCUGCUGGAGAGGCUGUGUGCCCUGUGCAUGCCUGCUGUGCUGGCAAGAUUGGUCCUCUGUGUCUCCUGCUGGCUUUACUUUUCAUGGGCCACCCCCAAGUCAUCCCUGCCAGUGGAGGGCAAGGCAGUCUUCAUAACAGGUUGUGAUUCAGGGUUCGGUAACGCUACGGCAAAACAGUUAGAUGCAAUGGGGUUUGAAGUUUUUGCAACUGUAUUGAACCUGGAAGGUGAAGGAGCCAAGCACUUGCGAAGGGUCUGUUCAUCCCGACUUACUCUCCUACAGGUGGACAUCACCCAGCCCCAACAGGUACAACAAGCCCUGCUCGACACCAAGACCAAGCUUGGCAUGAGAGAUUUGUGGGGGCUUGUAAAUAAUGCUGGAUGGUGUGUGAAUAUUGGGGAUGUCGAGCUCUCCCUAAUGUCCAACUACAGAGGAUGUAUGGAGGUUAACUUCUUUGGAACGCUCAGUGUUACCAAGACAUUCCUACCACUUCUGAGACAGGCCAAAGGCCGAAUUGUGACAAUCUCCAGCCCUUCAGGUGAGCAUCCCUUCCCUUGUCUGGCAUCAUAUGGGGCUUCAAAAGCUGCUCUGAACCUUUUGAUAAACACUCUUCGUCAUGAGCUCGAGCCAUGGGGUGUCAAAGUCUCCACCAUCUUACCCUCUGCCUUUAAGACAGGGCAGAGCAGUAACACAGAGUAUUGGGAAAAACAGUACAAGCACCUGAUCCAGAGCUUGUCCCCAAGCCUUCUCGAAGAAUAUGGGGAAGAAUAUCUACUGGAGACCAAGGAACUCUUCCAGAGUCAUGCCAAGACAGCGAAUGAGGAUCUGAGCCCUGUAAUCGACACCAUUGUGGACGCACUCCUGUCUCCAGAGCCCCAAGUGCGCUAUUACGCCGGGCCAGGUUUAACACUCAUGUACUUCAUCUGCAGCUACUUCCCUUUGGGCAUCAGUGACAAGUUUCUCCAGAAACUGUUUGUAAAGAAGACAGUGGUGCCUCGUGCCCUGAGGAAACAACAAGACCUUAGCCUCAACAACAAUAACAACAGCAUAAAUGAUAACAUGAAUAACACUAAUAACAACAGCUUCACAAAGAUUAUUGAUUAGUUCAGGUAAAGCACAGAGUGUAAAAAAUAUCCUUUAGCACCACUACUUUGUGAUCUGCGUAAAGUCCUUUGCUUUCAUUGUAUAUACUUUUCUAUUUCUUUGUUUUAUUGUAAAGUAUUGUGUAAUAUUUCGAGGGAUCACUAAUUGGUUAACCCAGUCUUACAAGUCAAUUGACACUCUUUAGCAUUAUUGUAAUAAAAAUUAUAAUAACAAUAGUAAUAAUAAUACAAUUAUUAUUAUUAUUAUUAAUAUUAUUAUUAUAAGAAAGAUAUCAUGCCCACAGGCCAUAUUUAUUGUCAAUACAAAUUCUCAGGUGAGGCCAAAUUAAACAGACAAACACUAGUUUAUGUAUUUUUCAAAAUGCAUAAAUUCUGGGCAUUCACCAUGGAGACAUGGGUCAUCUUCCAACACCAUGGAUUUGUAGAGAUACAGUUAUGAGUCUAGUGAGGAAUCAUAACUUAGCCACUGUUACUAAGGCAUGUAGUAUCAUUAACAGAAGCACUUUAGGCUUUCCUGUAUUACUGCACAGAGUGGCUAAUUAUAAUGUUACUAUGAUCAGGCCAGGGUCAGAUUGGGUCAGAGUGCAACAUCAAUUAAAUAUAGUGGGUUAUGUUUUUUGUUCUUUUUGUUUGUUUGUUUUUUAGUGACCAAUGAACUCAAAUGGUUUGUAAAGUCAGGUUUUUAAAUGUAUUUAAAGUCUUUUUUAAAUGUAUUUUACUCCAUAGUUUUGCAUUUGUUAUUUUUGUGGAUGAUUUAUCCGUGUAUAAUUUUUUUUUUUUUUUUUUUUUUUUUGCCAUAUUAGUGCAUUUUGUUCUUAAUAAAUCACUUAA